GAAUAGAAACUUGCAGGGAUUUGACUAUCCAUCAGGGUCAGGGGUGCUCUUGUAAGAGAUAGAUUUGCCCAAACAUUUUGAGAGAGUAGAGUAAGUUUCCCAUAGUCACCUUGGGUGGGGCUGUUUCUCCACAUCUAGAAUGCCAGAGGACCAGAAAGUCAAGUCUGUGGUUGGCUUGGCACCAAGUGGCCCCAAAGAGAUGACAAGAGAGUAUGCUGCUGUGUUUAUCCAGGCCUGGUGGCGUGGCACGCUGCUGCGACGCACUUUGCUGCAUGCAGCCCUCAGUGUUUGGAUCAUUCAGUGCUGGUGGAGGCAGAUACAAGCAAGGCAGCUGGAGAAGAGGCGGUGGACAGCGCUGGAGUUCUAUGCACGGAGAGAAUGGGCAGCUGUCAAGCUGCAGUCCUGGAUUAGAAUGUGGCGCAUCCGCCAGCCAUACUGUCGUUUGUUAAAUGCUGUCCGCAUCAUUCAGGUCUAUUGGCGUUGGCACAAUUGCCAUUCACGUGGCUUUAUUCAGGGCGAGUAUGAACUCAAAGAAAACCGAUUGAAUAUUCAACUUGAAAUCUCUCUGGGCUCACAGGCUUGUAAGGUGCACCAAUGCAUACCCCUUCCAUUAAAAGAAUGA